UGAAAUAACUGUGACAUGGUAUUUUUUGUUUCAUACUUUUGUCAGGAACCCAGUUUUAAAGAGGGAAAAUCAUUUUCAGCAAAUUACAUAUACGAGCCAAUGUUUCCCUAUCAAUCUCAAAGUGCGAGGACAAAUGAAGCCCCAUUUCACGACCAGUCCAGGGAUCAGAACCAAUCAAAACACUGGGCAACUGUUCAAUCCAAGGAUCCAAUCCAAAUAAAACAAUGGACUAUCAACCAGUGUAUAAGUCAUGUGGAGCUGUCAAAAGGAAAUUCUGUGAAAAAGUGUGUUGGUGAAGAAAACUGUGAAAUUUCAAACAGCAAAUCAGUUCCUAUACCUAGUGCCAUGUUGUCACCAGUAACAACACAGACAAAAACAAACAAACGGACAGGAGAGAAAACACCCAAAACCCUGUUAAAGAUGAUGGAACGACACAGAGAAAAUGAGAGAGUACGGCACCACACCCUGAAUGAAUCCAUGAAGAAGGUUUGUGAGCGUGUCCCAGGUUACUCAGCAGUCAUGAAAGAAACAAAGGUUGUGAUGAUGCAGAAAAUAAUUGCUUACAUUUGUUACCUGGAGAAUACAGUCCAUGAUCUGUGUGAGAAACUUGAUCUAAGAGUUAGUGAUCUUCUCAUGUCAACAGACUUCAUUACAGAACAACUGCGAUCCAAAAAAGCUUUGAAAAAGGACAAUGCUAUACUGAAACACAAGGCAAAGAGCAAGUCUGAAAGCAAAAAAAUUAAAGUGGAGCACAGAGGACUGAAGAUCUCCUCCCCAACCAUAGACUCUACAAGUGACCACAAACUGGUUGAGGAGGGCUAUGAUUCCUCCCAGAAGUCGGGGAUUGGAACCAGUGUAGGGAUUCAGACUUUCUCUUCUAUUAGGGACCACCACUGGCUAACAUCUCCCCUCAAAAACUUAAUUAACAUCUCUGGUUGUGAGGGGGCAGAAGAUGAUCCAGAUGAGGAGGGAUUCUAUAGCCAGUCUACCCAAGGUGUGUUGAGCCAGUUAAUAGACACCCCUUCUAAACUUAUCUUUCAGAAUGAUGAUAUUUUGCCUUCCUCUUCCUGCUUGGACAGUUUCCCAGAUGCUUUUGAUCUUAUGUCUAGCCCUGUGUGUAAGCGGUCAUCUCAACUCAAUAGUCCUAGAACCAGGGAAAGAAUUCUGAUGAAUCCCUCCUAUGGGAUUAAGAAUGAUGUUCAGGAUUAUCCUGAUGCUGCUGAAGCUUCCGAUGGGGAAAUGAGAACCAUAUCACCAGAGAGCGUCCUAAAGACCAAUCCUUGCAGGGAAGAUGUCUUCUUAUCCCAAGUGUCAGAGCCCAUCAGCCAACACAAUGUCUCAGCCAUAUCAGGGCACUCUGACAUUUCAGUUUUCCUGUCAAGUCCUGAGAAACCAAGCCCACCUUAUACCCCUGUAAAAAGUCCAUGGUGGCCAGGAAAGAACAAGCGAAAGCAGUACACUCCCAAGAGGUCACCAUUUAACAACAUCACCAACCUUAAGAUGUGUCCCUCAGAAGAAGAGGAGGAGGAGGAGGAAAACAUCCCAGAGCCCUCUACCAAGAAAUUUAAAUCAGAAUCCUGUGGGAAAUUUUUACGUCGCAGUCCAGUUGAUGAGGAUUUUGUAUCCUACGUACCAUAUAUAUGGAAGUUCCACAGUACGUCUAGAGCUCGCAGACAGAAGGCAACACAUAUUCCGGAAAAAUGCAGCAAGGACCUUGGAGAAAUCACAGAUGAAAACAAGAACACUGUUAGUAAACCAGAAAAAAUAGAUCACAGAAAAACAACCUGGAUGAAUGGAUUUAUGAUGUUCAGCAGAUAUAAUCGCAAGAAGUUUAUUGAAGCUAAUCCUGGUGUACACACCUCACACAUUAGUAAAAUCCUGGGACAUACCUGGAGGAAUAUGUCUGCUGAAGAACAGAAACCCUACAAGGAUGAGGCUAAACUGUAUGCAAAUGAAAUGAAGAAUGAUAAUCUGUUGUGUCCAGAGAGCAGCGAGGAAGCAUUUUCUAGUCCUGAAAAAUUGGAGUGAACUCAAGGUGUUAGAAACAAUGAUAUAGGAUACUAGUACUGU